ACGCAAGUAUCUCACCCUCCCCCGGUCACCGCUGGCUUAACAAGAUGUCUGCAAGCUACGUCGCCGGAAAGGACAAGGACGUCGACGCCUCGGCGCCGUCGGCCAAGAUCCACAAGAUCCGCAUCACGCUCACGUCGCGCAACGUGAAGAACCUCGAGAAGGUCUGCAACGACCUCGUGUCGCGCUCCAAGGACAAGCAGCUGCGCGUCAAGGGCCCCGUGCGCCUGCCCACCAAGGUGCUCACCCACACGACGCGCAAGUCGCCGUGCGGUGAGGGCUCCAAGACGUGGGACCGCUUCGAGAUGCGCAUCCACAAGCGCCUCAUCGACCUGCACAGCCCCUCGGAGAUUGUCAAGCAGAUCACCUCCAUCUCCCUCGAGCCGGGAGUUGAGGUCGAGGUCACUGUCGCCGCCUAAGCGUGCGCGCCAGCCAACCCCUCUUCUGUUCGCACG